GCACAGUGACGCGUCCAAAAAGUCGCGCAGCUAUGACGUUUCCAAAUGGAACGUCAGCGCCGCGCGACUUUCGGUUGCGUCACGGUUGCGUCACUGUGCCGGGCUACAAGGAAUUAGGGAAUCUUGUUGGGCGUACCGCCUCAUAAAUAAAGCGUGGGGGGUUUCUAAGUAAAGUUGCACAACAAAUAUCCGUAGACCAUGUCCCAAGCAACCAAGCAUCUGACUGGCGUAUUACAUUCUGUUGCCAAAACGCACAGUGGCAAUUUUUUGGUUGCAGUCAAACAGGAGAAAGUUGAAGUACCAAGGACAAGUGGAGAGAAGAACACGGUCAGUGAGGAAGAGCCAGUAAAGAAGAGAGGAUGGCCCAAAGGAAAGAAAAGGAAAAAAAUCCUACCAAAUGGACCCAAAGCCCCUGUUACUGGUUAUGUGCGGUUUCUGAAUGAGCGCAGGGAGCAGAUUCGGUCACAGCAUCCUGAUCUACCUUUCCCGGAAAUAACCAAGAUGUUGGGGGCCGAAUGGAGCACUUUGCCAGCUCCUGAAAAGCAGAGGUAUCUGGAUGACGCAGAAAGGGACAAACAGCAGUACAUGAAGGAGCUGAGAGAGUACCAGCAAUCUGAGGCCUACAAGAUGUGUGCAGAGAAGAUACAGGAGAAAAAAAUAAAAAAAGAAGAAACUGGUGCAUCAGCUGUUAGUACUUUGAAUGGACACAUGCUAAAGACUGGUGAUUCCCAGAGUGAUGGAUUUCCAACUUUUGAUGUUCCUAUAUUUACGGAGGAGUUUUUAGAUCAAAACAAAGUUCGUGAAGCAGAACUGAGGAGAUUGCGCAAAAUGAACAUGGAGUUUGAGGAGCAGAAUACCAUCUUACAGAGACACACUGAGAGUAUGAGUAGUGCUAAAGAGAGGCUGGAACAGGAGCUAGCACUAGAAGAGAGGCAAACGAUGGUCCUUCAGCAACAGCUACAAACUAUUCGACAGAUCUUACUAGCAAGUUUCUCCUCCCUGCCAAUUCCAGGUACAGGGGAGACGCCUACAAUGGGAAAUCUUGAUUUGUACAUGGCUAAACUUCACAAUGUGAUUGAGGGUAACCCAGCUCAACAUGAGAAACUGGUGAUCCGGAUAAAGGAGAUUUUAUCUAGAAUUAAUAGUGAUCACCUGUAAAAACAGCUAUCUCCCACAAAGAACACAAGAUGUGACCAGAAUUAUACAGUGGCUGCACAGUAGGAUGUGGACAAUAACCUAUAACACAUCUGGCGAAAACACAGUGUUGUAAUGGAUGGUAUUCUCAGCAGCUGCAGAAAUGUAUGGUGACAUUUUGUGAGUCGAUGUAAAAUGAUGUACAGCUUGGUUUCUGAAGGAUUUGGACAAAUUUUUAACAUAGGGGGGUAUUCAGUUGUUUGAAAAGUUGAAAUCGACUUUUCAAACAUUUGAAUUCCCUCCAUAGUGUCCAUAGAUUUUGAUUAAAUGGUAGUGUAAGUUUUAACAUUGUGCCUAAUGAUGAAAAGCUGGUACAGGGAGUUAUAAUAAUGAACCAUUCAGUAAUGUAUGGUUAUAUUUAAAUGAUCUAUUACAAAUCAGUUACGAGUGAUUUGUAAAACACAGCAGCAAGUUAGACAUCCCCUUCUCUCCAUUUGUCACUGUCACAUGUGUGCCACCCAGGUAUACACCUUUCACUAUCAUUUGCUCACUUUUCUUUUCACAGCCUUUACUUUUGCAAGCCUUAUUUAUUCCUCUCUCAUGGGUCUGUUCAUGAAGCAGUGAAAAGCGUGGAGAAGUGAGCCUGCGGAGAAGUUGCCCAUGGCAACCAAUCAUCUGCUCCGUACAAUCAUAUGCAAAUUAUAAAUGUUACUUCAAUGCUGAUUGGUUGCCAUGGGUAACUUCUCCACUGGCGCACUUCUCCACACUUUUCACUGCUUCAUGAAUAGACCCAUCAAUCACUAAUUGCAGCCCAUAUCCCCCUGCUCUACGAUUGAGUCAUCAAGAUGCAAGUAGUUGAUAUCAUUCUUGCAAUCAUUAAUGCUUACGGCAUAUUGCUGUUGCAAUCGUAGGUGGCACUGAUUUUGCUUUUUACUUUAAUCUACCAGUGGCAUCUAUAAUAGGAUGAUGCGGAGUAGUGAUGUCACUGCUUGCGUCUCUCAAUCUCACUAGCACCUGUUGCAUAGUUAUACCUGUAGCAGUGACACUGCUUCUUUCAUUGCAAACAGACUUUGAGUUCUAUUUACUAAGCCUUGGGUGGAGAUGAAGUGGAUGGCGAUAAAGUAGCAGCCAACCAGCUCCUAACUGUCAUUUUUCAAACCCAGCCUAUGACAGGAAAGUUAGGAGCUGAUUGGCUGUUACUUUAUCUCUGUCCACUUUAUCUCCAUCCAAGGCUUAGUAAAUAGACCCCUUCGUAUCCUUGCCUCUCCAGCAAGCAGUGGUGGUGCUAUAAUAAUGCAGGCUGCUGCUUUGAUAGUUUUGUGUAUACCAUAUGGACUGGAAAAUAUGGUCAUUCAUUUUUUAUAAAAUAGUACAAUGCACAUGAAGAAAUUUUUUUUUUUACGUUUUUAGAUAAAUAAUUUCCCAAACUUAUCAGCCAGUUAAAUAAUAGUGACAUCACUUUUCCACAAUUGUCAGCAGUUUUGUUUUUUACAUUUCAUUUCACUUGAAUUUGUUUGUAAAAUGAGUGUGCUUCAUGCUUGUAAAUAAGCACUACCAUCUGAUGACCAGUAAUCACUGGUGGGACACACUAUCUCUCAGCAUUAAUUUUGUCAGAAUUAUUAUAUGUGAAACUCUAAGUUGGUAAACAGAAAAACUGUAUGAAAGGCUAAUGUUAUAUAAAAUUAUAUAAUCUAAUGAUGUUUUGAAAUAACUAAGGUACAAAUGUAAUGAACAGCGCUUUGUCAAAAUCGAAGGUUCUCGGCAAUAAAGUAUGUAUUGGAGAAGGAAAUAUGAGCGCACUCUUUAACAUGCAGCCACUGAUAACCCUAAAAGGUCCACUAGAAAAUCCUCAUUAGAAUAAGGGAAAACAACCUAAAAUGUUUACAUAAGACGUAGCCUUCUGUUUGCAAAUUCCACUUUACAUCCAUGUCGAUUACCUUCAAGCUCCUCUAUGUAUUUCAUAUAUAAAGAAAAUAAGAAUUUACUUACCGAUAAUUCUAUUUCUCGGAGUCUGUAGUGGAUGCUGGGGUUCCUGAAAGGACCAUGGGGA